UUUUUUUUUAAAUUAUUUAUACAUAUACAGUUUGCCGUAAAAAUAGAACAGUAUGAAAACGACCGGCGGUGGCUCUUCAGAGGAGCCGAGCAAGUCAUCGCUGGGCAAAAUCACCAAAAAGUCGACAAAAUCUCGUUCGAAGAACACGAAACUGGACACAGGCAAUAAAAAUUCAAUUGCAUCCCCAAGUAUAAGUGUUCCAAUGGGCAGUGUGCCAGCCACGCCAACACUGGUGAAUAUGGCCACAACGCCCACCACGCCAACAACAACGUUAAGCAAUUACAAUCUCUUCGAUGCUUCCUUUGCCGUUGCCGGAGCUGGAGCUGGAGCUGCUGGUGGUGGGGAGAUGGGCAACAAGCCGAGUAAUCAGAAGAGCUAUGCGGGCUUUGAUGCGCGCAGUAUAAAGAUUUUCUGGGAGCAACAUGAUCAAACCAAUGUUGAAUUGUCGCAGGAUGUCUGCGCACGCCUAGCGGAGGAUGCAUCCUACAAAGUCUGGGAGCUAAUCAAUAAUGUAAAGGUUUAUUCUCGUCACUCUGGCGGCGUCGUUACUUAUGAUCUGGUCAAUGAGGUGCUCAAUGAUGCGGAUGUGCCACCCAUGCUGGGUGCCAUGGACAGCGAUUGGGAUUGCAUUGACUACGAUGGCAGUUAUUUCUUUCAUUCAGAUAAAAUAUUUGAGUUGCGCGACGAGUAUCAAACGGAUAUUUCGCUAACAAUGCCAAAUAAUGUGGACUUUGAUUGCGUCUGUCCGGUGGAGGAUAAGAACACGGACCAACUAAAGCUAUUUGUGCAGAGUCUGGUAACGGCUGCUAUUUUUGGUGACGAUCGGGCUCGUAAAGUGGCAAUUUCGCAGGCGUUUGAGACGCCUCUGAUGGGUGCCUGCUAUCGCGUCAUAAUCAGCAAAAUGCUGCAGUUGCUCGCAUUUCGGCAACAGGAUCAUGUGAGUCAACGCUGCUGGCGUCUGUUGCGCGCCUGUAAUUACAAUGGCCAUGCGAAUCAUAUCCAUUGUCGGCCAGAGUACUUCAAUCUGGCCGAAGUGCUCAUCAGUCAGUUAAUGGCACCGUUUGAAACCAUCAAGGUAGCCGAUGGCAGGCCACGUUCACAGCAGGCUCCUGUUCAAAUGGAGCCAGGACUGGGCAGCGAUGUCCAAAGUGAACAACAACAGUAUUCCAGCCAAGCCAUGGCGAUUGACUCUCAGCAGCAACAACAGCCUACUCAGCAUAAUAUUCCCCAAAUCGUAUUCACUAGCGAUUCACAAGAGCAGACCAUUUACAAGCUACAGCAGGAUGAUGAUAAUACAGAUGACACGCAGCCACAGGAGCCACAGCAUAUGUCUAACUACUUUGCCAGCCCUGUCGACAACAGCUGUGUGGACGAGCUGUGCGAGACCAUUGGCCAAUUGGCCGAGCAGAGUGGCUAUCUGCAUGCCGAGUGUCUAUUUCUAAUUAAGCGUCGUUUGGCGCGAUUCUUUGAGGGACGCGACGUGUGCAGCGAGCGGGAUUUCAAGUACAUCAGUCGCGCCCUACGCGGUCUCAUUGCGCUGGGUGAAUACGCGUUCCGGGAGUUUAUACCCUAUAUUUACAAGCUGAACGUUAAUGAGAUUCCCGAGAGUCUCUGGCGGGAUUUGGCGCCAGCUGCCACAUUCCUAAAUGGACGCGACGAUAUCCAUCUUUACGAGUGGCUCGAAUACGGUUGCGGAGCGGGCACUCUACAGCCCUUCCUGGUGCACUUUGCCAAUACGUAUGCGAAACUAAACUCGAAAUGUUAUUUGCAAGCGAGGCAACCAGCUUACAGGCUGGAAGCACAGCCGGGCGUGCGUCGUUUGGAGUGGAGCACUUUGGCGGCGGCGAUGUGCCAUGGCGAUGAUCCCAGCAAGAAACUCCCACCGAAGCCAACCAUCUGCGAUGCCUUUCCUGAGCUGGUGCAGCCGAAUCUCCGCAUCAAUUGCGCCGGCACCAUACGCUUCAAAUUCGCCGGCUGCCGUCCGGUGCUGCUCAAGCCUAAGGGCGUGGCUGCCAUGCAAUUUAUGGAUUCACCAUCGACUAACGGCGGCAGCGAUAUCAUGCACUCCGACAUUCUCAUUGCCAAGCGUAAGCUCUUCAAGCCGCUAACUAAUGUGAAGCGUGUGGUGGCCAACAGUGGCUAUCACUUUCUGCGCAUAUGAAUUUAAGGGGCUGGAAAUAAAACUGAAUGAAAAACAUAAA